AUGGCAGACAAGACUGCUCCACGUUGCCAACUGAGGUUGGAAUGGAUUCAUGGAUACAGGGGGCAUCAGUGUCGCAACAAUUUGUAUUACACUGCUGGGAAGGAGAUUGUAUAUUUUGUCGCUGGAGUUGGCGUGGUUUACAACACCAGAGAACACACUCAGAAGUUCUUUUUGGGACACAAUGAUGACAUUAUCAGUCUUGCUAUGCAUCCUGACAAAGUUCAAGUGGCCACAGGACAAGUUGGGAAGGAUCCUUACAUCUGUGUUUGGGACACAUACGCUUUGCAGACUGUGUCCAUCCUGCGAGACGUGCACACACAUGGGGUGGCGUGUCUGGCGUUUGAUAUCGACGGACAGCGAUUAGCCUCUGUUGGGCUGGAUGCCAAAAACACAGUGUGUGUCUGGGACUGGAGAAAAGGCAGAGUCCUGGCUACAGCAACUGGACACUCAGACAGGAUCUUUGAUAUUGCCUGGGAUCCGUUCCAACUUCAUAGGCUCGUAAGCUGUGGAGUGAAGCAUAUAAAGUUCUGGACCUUGUGUGGGAAUGCCUUGACACCCAAGCGGGGGAUCUUUGGGAAGACCGGGGACCUGCAGACCAUUCUGUGCCUGGCCACGGCAAAGGAAGAAGUGACAUACUCUGGAGCACUGAAUGGGGACAUCUAUGUCUGGAAGGGGCUGAACCUGGCUCGCACAGUCCAAGCAGCCCAUGGAGCAGGGAUUUUCAGCAUGCACGCCUGUGAGGAAGGGUUCGCUACAGGCGGGCGGGACGGCUGCGUGAGACUGUGGGACGUGGACUUCAAACCCAUCACUAAGAUCGACCUCCGAGAAACUGAGCAAGGAUACAAAAGCUUGUCUAUCCGUAGCGUGUGCUGGAAGGCCGACCGGGUCCUGAUGGGCACCCAGGACAGUGAAAUCUUCGAGGUGAUGGUGCGAGACCGUGACAAGCCGCUGCUCCUCAUGCAGGGUCACAGUGAGGGCGAACUCUGGGCCCUCGACCCUCACCCCAAGCAGCCGGUGGCCGUAACCGGCAGUGACGACCGAUCAGUAAGGCUCUGGAGUUUAUCUGACCACACUCUUAUUGCCCGCUGUAACAUGGAGGAAGCCGUGCGCAGCGUCUCCUUCAUCAAUGACGGCUCUCAGCUUGCCCUGGGCAUGAAGGACGGCUCCUUCACUGUGCUCCGCGUCAGGGACAUGACAGAGGUGGUUCACAUCAAAGACAGGAAGGAAGUCAUCCACGAGCUGAAGUUCUCGCCGGACGGCUCUUACCUGGCGGUUGGCUCCAACGACAGCCUGGUAGACAUCUAUGCUGUUGCGCAGCGCUACAAGAAGGUGGGUGAGUGCAACCGCUCCACCUCUUUCAUCACCCACCUGGACUGGUCGGUGGACAGCCGCUUCCUGCAGACCAAUGACGGGGCAGGGGAGAGGUUCUUCUACAGAAUGCCAGCGGGGAAGCUCCUUAGCAAAGAGGAGACCAAGGGAAUCCAUUGGAUGACCUGGACAGGCAUCAUCGGGCCAGAGGUCAACGGGAUUUGGCCCAAGUAUGCCAACGUCACAGACAUAAAUUCCGUGGACGCCAACUACAGCAGUGCCGUGCUGGUGACUGGGGAUGACUUUGGCCUCGUCAAGCUUUUCAGGUUCCCGUGUCUUAAGAAAGCGGCUAAAUUCAAGAAGUACAUCGGCCAUUCUGCCCAUGUGACAAACGUGCGCUGGUCCCAUGAUCUCCAGUGGGUGUUGAGCACUGGAGGGGCGGACCACGCCUUGUUCCAGUGGAAGUUUCUUCCAGAGGGGGUGAUGAACGGUGUUCUGGAACCCCUCCUUCAAGAGGGGUACGCUGAUUCAAACAGUGGAGAAUCCGACUCGGACGUGUCUGACGUUCCGGAGCUUGACUCAGACAUUGAACUGGAGGCCCAGAUCAGCUAUGAACGACAGGUUUACAAAGAGGACCUCCCACAGCUGAGGAAGAAGCUAGUGGGCUCACUGAAACGACAGAAAGCACCAGACGAGGGGCUGCGUUUGCAGUUUGUUCACGGGUACAGAGGUUGUGACUGCAGAAACAACCUAUUCUACACCCAGGCGGGAGAGGUGGUGUAUCACGUAGCAGCCGUGGCUGUGGUCUAUAACCGUCAGCAACACGCACAGCGUUUCUACCUGGGUCAUGACGACGACAUCCUCAGCCUCACCGUCCAUCCGCUGAAGGACUACGUUGCCACCGGACAGGUUGGCAGGGACCCAGCCAUCCAUGUGUGGGACAUCCAGACACUGAAGUGCUUGUCCUUGUUGAAGGGCCAUCACCAAAGAGGGGUGUGUGCACUGGAGUUCACAGUGGAUGGGAAGAGUCUUGUUUCUGUGGGCAUUGACGAAGGCCAUUCCAUCGUGUUGUGGGACUGGAAGAAAGGCGAGAAACUGGCAAAAGCAAGGGGCCACAAAGAUAAGCUUUUUGUGGUGAAAUGCAACCCCUUCCGUAUGGACAAGCUUGUCACCGUGGGAAUUAAGCAUAUCAAAUUCUGGCAACACACAGGUGGAGGCCUCACAUUCAAAAGGGGUAUCUUUGGAAACCUCGGGAAGCUGGAGACCAUGAUGUCCGUCUGCUACGGGCGCUCAGAGGACCUGGUUUUCUCAGGUUCCACCACUGGGGACGUAUACAUCUGGAGAGAGACCACCCUCAUGAAGACCAUCAAGGCCCACGACGGUCCAGUGUUCGCCAUGUGCUCUCUUGACAAGGGGUUCGUGACUGGGGGCAAGGAUGGAGUGGUGGAGCUAUGGGAUGACAUGUUUGAGAGGUGCCUGAAGACCUACGCCAUCAAAAGGUCUUCGCUGUCUGCUUCAUCUAAAGGAUUGCUGCUGGAGGACAACCCAUCUAUCCGCGCCAUCACCCUUGGACAUGGACACAUCCUUGUGGGGACCAAAAAUGGAGAGAUUUUGGAAAUUGACAAGAGCGGCCCGAUGACCUUGUUGGUUCAGGGUCACAUGGAGGGUGAGGUGUGGGGUUUGGCUGCUCACCCUCUGCUUCCCAUAUGUGCCACUGUAAGUGAUGACAAAACGCUCAGAAUCUGGGAACUCUCCUCCAACCAUCGCAUGGUAGCUGUCCGCAAACUUAAAAAAGGCGGUAGAUGCUGUGCCUUUUCUCCUGAUGGGAAAGCCUUAGCCGUGGGUCUGAACGACGGCAGUUUCCUGGUGGUGAAUGCCGACACCUUGGAGGACAUGGUGACCUUCCAUCACCGCAAAGAGAUCAUCUCGGAUAUCAGGUUCUGCCAAGAUGCUGGAAAAUACCUUGCUGUGGCUUCUCAUGACACUUUUGUGGACAUUUACAAUGUGCUGACCAGCAAGAGAGUGGGUAUCUGUAAAGGAGCUUCCAGCUACAUCACCCACAUUGACUGGGACACCCGUGGGAAAUUGCUACAAAUCAACACCGGUACCAAAGAACAACUAUUCUUCGAAGCCCCAAGAGGAAGGAAACAAACUAUCAAUAUUGCAGAGUUUGAAAAGGUGGAUUGGGCCACCUGGACCUCAGUGUUGGGACCCACCUGCGAGGGGAUCUGGCCCACACUCAGUUUUGUAAAUGCUGCCUCUCUCACCAAAGACCGGAAAUUGCUGGCCACUGGGGAUGACUUUGGCUUCCUAAAGCUGUUUGGUUAUCCUUCCAAGGGCCAGUUUGCCAAGUUUAAGAAGUAUGUGGGGCACAGUGCCAAUGUGACCAACGUCCGUUGGUCCAAUGAUGACACCAUGCUGCUGUCGGUGGGAGGCGCUGACUCUGCGCUCAUGAUUUGGGCCCGCGAGUUGUCGGGACAUAAGGAGAGCAAGGCGGUGGAUAGCGAGGAGUCUGACGACGAUGCGGAGGAGGAUGGAGGGUAUGACAGUGAUGUUGCACGAGAGAAGGGUACCGAUUACAUCACCAAGAUCUAUGCUGUCAGCAUCCGGGCCAUGGUUGGCACAAAGCCUCACCAGCGAGAGAAAGAAGUGCUCGUGGAGGAAAGGCCUCCUGUCAGUAGAGCUGCCCCCUUACCAGAGAAACUGCUGAAGAACAACUUAACCAAGAAGAAAAAACUGGUUGAGGAGCUGACCUUGGAACAUGUGUUUGGAUAUCGGGGUUUUGAUUGUCGAAACAACCUGCAUUACCUCAAUGAUGGCGCCGACAUCAUCUUCCACACUGCCGCAGCAGUGGUCAUCCAGAACCUCUCUGCUGGGACUCAGAGCUUUUACCUCGAGCACACAGAUGACAUUCUGUGUCUCACUGUCAAUCAACACCCAAAGUAUCUAAACAUCAUUGCCACAGGACAGAUUGGCCUCGCCCCCUCCAUCCACGUGUGGGACGCAAUGAGCAAACAGACGCUGUCUGUAUUACGGUGUUCGCACGCCAAGGGGGUGGGCUACGUCAACUUCAGCGCCACGGGCAAGCUGCUGCUGUCGGUAGGGGUGGAGCCUGAGCACACCAUCACCGUCUGGCGCUGGCAGGAAGGCACCAAAGUGACCAGUAAGGGCCGCCAUGCCGACAGGAUCUUUGUGGUAGAGUUCAGGCCUGACUCGGACACCCAGUUUGUGUCGGUGGGAAUCAAGCAUAUCAAGUUCUGGACCCUAGUGGGAGGUUCCCUCAUGUACAAGAAAGGAGUGAUCGGCGCAGUGGAAGACGGCAGGAUGCAGACCAUGUUGUCUGUGGCUUUCGGUGCUAAUAACCUCACAUUUACCGGUGCCAUAAAUGGUGAUGUGUAUGUGUGGCGAGAACACUUUCUGGUACGGGUGGUGGCCAAAGCACAUACUGGGCCUGUUUUCACCAUGUACACCACACUCAGGGAUGGCCUCAUCGUGACUGGAGGGAAGGAGAGGCCGACUAAGGAGGGCGGAGCAGUUAAGUUGUGGGACCAGGAGAUGAAGCGCUGUAGGGCGUUCCAACUGGAGACUGGGCAGACAGUGGAGAAUGUUCGGUCCGUGUGCCGGGGGAAGGGUAAAAUCCUUGUGGGAACUAAAGAUGGUGAGAUCAUUGAGGUGGGCGAAAAGAAUGCGGCCUCCAACACCAUGAUCAACGGACACACACAGGGGCGAAUCUGGGGACUAGCUACUCACCCCUCAAAAGACAUGUUCAUUUCUGCCAGCGAUGAUGGCACCAUCCGCAUAUGGGACCUGGCAGAUAAGAAACUUCUAAACAAAGUCAGCUUAGGCCACCCAGCCAAAUGCACAGCCUACAGCCCCAAUGGAGAGAUGGUGUCCAUAGGCAUGGAGAACGGAGAGUUUAUCAUCCUCCUGGUCAACUCCUUAACAGUGUGGGGCAAGAAGAGAGAUCGGAGUGUAACCAUCCAAGACAUUCGAUUCAGCCCGGACAACCGUCUGCUAGCAGUGGGCUCUGUGGACAACGCGGUGGACUUCUACGACCUUACUCUGGGUCCUUCACUCAACCGUAUUGGCUACUGCAAGGACAUUGCUGGAUUUGUCAUCCAGAUGGACUUUUCGGCUGACAGCAAGUACAUCGAGGUAUCCACUGGUACGUACAGUCGGCAGGUCCACGAGGUGCCAUCAGGAAAGAUGGUAGCUGAGCAAUCUGUGAUUGAAAGGAUCACUUGGGCCACCUGGACUAGUGUACUAGGAGAUGAGGUGCUGGGGGUGUGGCCGCGAAAUGCUGAAAAGGCUGACGUCAAUUGUGCUUGCGUCUCUCAUGCCGGCCUCAAUGUAGUCACCGGGGAUGACUUUGGCCUCGUCAAGCUAUUUGACUUUCCAUGCAUAGAAAAAUUUGCCAAACACAAGCGCUACUUCGGCCACUCGGCUCAUGUGACAAAUAUUCGUUUCUCCUACGAUGACAAAUAUGUGAUCAGUGCAGGUGGCAAUGACUGCAGUUUGUUUGUAUGGAAAUGCCUGUGA